AUGGCUGGAUUUCUUGCAUCAAUUUUUGGAACUGAAAAAGAUAAAGUAAACUGUUCGUUUUAUUUUAAAGUUGGAGCUUGCCGUCACGGUGAAAGAUGUUGUCGUAUUCAUACUAAACCAAUAUUUUCUCAAACAGUUUUAUUGCAAAAUUUUUAUAUUGAUGUAGAGAAUUCAGUAAAAUCUGCUGAAUUUAAUACAAUCAAAAAUAUUGAUAAAGAAAUACAAAAUAAAUUUGAAGAAUUUUAUGAAGACAUUUUUGUUGAAUGCGAAGAAAAAUAUGGUGAAAUUGAAAUAAUUAAUGUUUGUGACAAUUUAGGUGAUCAUUUAGUUGGAAAUGUUUAUAUUAAAUUUCGAUAUGAGGAUGAUGCUAAAAAGGCUGUUGAAGAUUUAAAUAAUCGUUGGUUUGAUGGACGUCCCAUAUAUGCUGAAUUGUCACCGGUUGAAGAUUUUCAAGAUGCAUGUUGCCGUCAAUAUGAAGUACGAAAUUGUCGCCGUAAUCGAUUUUGUAAUUUUUUACAUGUUAAAAGAAUUUCCUCUGAAUUGAAACGAUAUCUUUAUCGCCCAUUGAGACAAGUUUCUAAUUAUUCAACAUCAAAAAGAGUUACGAAAGAAAUAAAAGAGGCACGAAGAUCUCAUCGUAAGAGAUCGUCAUAUGAUCGGUUAAGUUUUGAAUCAAGUUAA